UUAUUAUUCCAAUUAACAGUAUAUAUAUAAUAUAUAUAUAUCCUGUAUUAUUAUAAUGUUGUAAUAAUAAUAAUAAUAAUAAUAAUAUAUAAUGAAGAUAGUGAAAUUGGAGGAGAUAGUGAGUUUGAAAUAUUGUGGUUCAGUGGCGGUGAUGAUGAUGGUGAUAUUAUUAUCAACAAGCAGGCGGAGAAUUGGGGUGGAAUCGUCGUCAGAGCAGCAAGGAGGGAUAGACUGUGCAACGGUGAAGGCACUAGUAUCAGCUUGUUCGAGCUUCGUGAUGUACGGAUCGCCGGACCCCAUCCCUGGUUCUCCUUGCUGCGUCGCCAUGCUCAGCCUCAGCAACCUCGCUGACUCCACCGACAACCGCCAGAUCGUGUGCAGAUGCGUCAUGGACCUCAUCACCACUUACAACCCCAACGCCACUUCCAUUGCCACACUCCCCGGCUUCUGCGGUGUCUCUCUUGGCUUCAUAAUUGAUCCCAACACUGACUGCGAAUAUAUUGGAUGAACAAUAUAAUCAUCUUCCUUAGCUUCUUUCAACAUGCAUGAAUUGCGGGGCUAGCUAGCUGCUGCUUAAUUGCAUGCUUUCAAGAACCACUUUGCUCGCUGUAUGCAUGUGUACCCAGGCCAGAUCGAUCCAAUACAUAUAUACAAAUUAAUUAAAUCAUCAUAUGUAUUGUACUAUUGUAUCCUUACCUAAUGAAUUAAUGCCAACAAUUAAUCAUAUGUAAGUUAA